CUUAUUCUACUUUCGGUUUCGUUUUCUCACGAAACAUAUUGCUGAGCCUCCAGGUAUUGAACUGGUGGGACGUUUGCCAUUCAGCCGAGACGCGGAAAUUCCUGAGGUUUCUACUGCCCUGUCUGGUGGGUGACUUCUUGGUUGAAAAGAAGCUAACGUGAACAAUCAUGGGUUCCUGGAUGAGUAAAGUUCACAAAAGUACACAAACCAAUUUUUCCGAACAGUCGGAAUCCGAAAGUGAUGAUUCCUGUAUUGAAGAAGAAUUCUUCGAAUCGCUGAGCAUUUUGGAGGAUCCGAUGGCUCCCGAAGUAGACAUACCUCUGAAUGCAGAACUUCCUGACAACACCAUAGAACCACGUGACCUACCCAAUCAUGCAUUGGUGUCCAGCACGCCAACCGGAAGGUUACCGCCGCAGACAGACGACCCGAACCUGUCUUCUAUAAUAGAAGCAAGAAGUCCCGGGAGGACUCCGGUUUCAGAACCAUCGGAAGGAAUGAAGAGAAUCCUGUGGACAGUCUACUCGAUGACAACAGCGAGACAGAGAAUUUCAGAUUAUAUAGACCGAGCCCCCGGGAGACCAAGAAAAAUCUCAGCAGAGAAAAUCAAAAACUGAAGAGGGAACGCACAUGGCAGAGAGAACAGCGCUCACUGUUGCAAAGUCAACUGAAUGAACAAAAAACUGCCUUCAGGAAACUUGAGGACGAUUUAAAGAAGGCACUGGAUGAGAUCUCCUCGUUAGAACACCAAAACACUGAGAAAGGCGCGUUCAUAACAUGGAUAGAAGAAAAACUGACAACUGCUGAAGUACAGAACCUGAAAUGGAAAGAGAAGGAAUCUGAGAUGAGAGAAUCUGUCACAGAACAGCAGAACCAGCGGCAGAUGGAGAGAGAAGAUACAGACGCCAUCAUCACACAACUGGCGCAAGACCUGCGUAAAGCCGAGGUUACCAUUUCCACCACAAAGCAUGAGAAGUCAGAAACCUUGCAAUGGGCGGAAGCGAAAAUAACUGCUCUUCUUGACGAAAGAUCAAAAUGGGAGGAACAGAAAUUCCAAGCUCGAGAGUUUAAAGCAAAGCAAGAAAUACUUCUACAACAACAAGAAGCUAAAAUUCGACAACUAGAACAUGACCUGCAAGAAAAACAAAAGUCCAUCGAAGCAUUUGAAGGACGAUCAAAAUACACAAAAUGGAUGGAGGAUAAAUUAAUCAGACUUGAAGAAGAUAUCAUGAUACGAGACGACAACCGCACCAAAUAUAAAGCAGAAGAACAGAACCUGAUGCUGCAGCAACGCGAAGGGAAAACCCUCAUGAAGCAAGCUCCGGGUGGUCUCCGCGAAACACAAGGACUGGAGGAACAGCAGAGUAAAUUUACGGAGAAGAACUCAAAACUGCGCACACAAAACGAAAUGGCGCAAAAUGAACUGAAUCGACUUCGGCGGGAAGUGGCGCAGCUCCGAGAGCUCAAUGACCAUCAGCGCGAGCGCCUGGAGGUCCUUGAAGCACAAAGACGAUCAGCUAAAGACCAGGAGAGAGCUGUUGGAACCCAGCAAACUAAGUGUGCCGUGGAACUGGCGAGAGCAAGAACGCAGAUUAAACAAUUACAGCAACAACUUGGCACCAAGGACACGCAAAUCAAAAACUUGUUAGGGCAAAGUCAGAUAUCAAGGCAUGAGCAGCAAUCCCCAGGUUCCAGAAAUAGUGUUUAAGCUGUGGAAUACACAAAGACAACAAAGCAGAGUGAUCAAGUUCGUCUCAGCAAACUGCUCCCCUGGUCAAGUCGGGGAAGAUCACAUGACCGUGUCAGAAGACACCACGUCUAUCAGUGUUAAGAAUUAGGGAAAGCUGGUCAAGGAUUCCAUUUCUGAGACUUUUUUUAAAACAUCAUACCGCCAUUGUAUAUACCUACACCAUAACAACGUUGUAUCUAUAGCAGUGAACACCAAACACUGGGAUAAGUUUGUAAAUUCUUUCUGCCUAUGUUGCAAAAUCACGUCUUUCUUGCCAUUUUAACCUGUUGUUGUUGUUGUUGUUGUUGUUGUUGUUGUUGUUGUUGUUGUUGUUGUUGUUUGUUUUGUUUUUUCCCCAAUGAGGCAUUUGUUUCUCUAGCCCUGUCACCUGGUUUUUCUGUAGGCUGUCCUAGCACAUCACGCUUUUUAAAUUUUGUUUUUGUGGUGUCAACUUUGAUCUUUCUUUUUUUUUUUUUCCUUCUUUUCCCUUGAAGCUUAUUGUAUGACGGAUCUAUCAUCUAACUUUCUGUUACUGAACGUUUUCUUUCAAUUUUUGGCGUCGAAUUUUCCUCUAGCUAUCGAUGGCUCCUUGUCAUCUAAUAGUAUUAGAAGUGUUUGAGAGUAUUUAGUGACAUUACAAGACUGUCACUGAGUCUCACUCUGCUACUAGCACCAUAGAAGCCUGUAUUGACGACUUGAAAGACAGGAUGAUAACAGGUUGGUGGUGGGUGGUUGGUUGGUUGGUUGGAGUUGUAUGAUUUUGCCCUGAAGUAUGUUGUAAAUUAUUUUUAACAUUUAUUGUGUAUUUUUAGUAGUUAAAUUUAGUUAAUAUCAAUAAAUAUAUAAAGACCUGAAAA